CCAACUAUUCUCUAUGGGCCAUCCAUUUUAAGAACUUCCUCAAGGGUCGUGGUUUGUAGGGACUACUGGAUGGAUCUGUUACUAUCCCCACAGAUGCCGCCAAAUUAGAUGAUUGGGAAAUAAACAAUGGACGGAUUAUUACCUAGAUUCUCGAUUCGAUCGAUCGGUCCAUUGCUGUUGGACUCACGCCUCAUCGCAUUGCUAAGGCGAUGUGGGAACAUCUCCAGUCGAUUUAUCAACAGAGUAAUGCGGCCCGGUUAUACCGUCUGGAACAGGAUCUUGUUACCCUUACUCAGGGUAACGACAAUAUUCAAUCAUUUUACUCCAAAAUUGUCACAAUUUGGACAGAGAUGACUAUGAUGGAUCCAACAUUUCCUCAUGACUUUAAAAUAUUCCAAACUAUGCGCGAGAGUGCGCAAGUUCGUCAAUUUCUUAUGAAGCUACGUCCGGAAUUUGAGCAUUAUCGGGCUGCUCUCUUGAACCGUAGCCCUACUCCUUCAUUGAAUUCGGUUAUUAAUGAUUUAUUGGCUGAAGAACAACGACUGAAAGUUCUCUCAACUCCGGGCUCAUCUGAUAUGGUGCUUGCUGUGUCCACAACUCCACCAACACGUGGUUCUGGUUCCUCUCCUUUGACUUGUCGCGGGUGCAACAAGGUGAGACAUGUUGUCGCUCAAUGUAAGGAAUGGUGUGCUUAUUGUCGACGGACUGGUCAUGGUAUUCAGGACUGCCGUACACGAGCUUAUGCAUCUUCUUUCGGCCGUGGACGUGGUGGCCGUGGUCGUGGCCGUGGUCGUGCUCUUUCUGCUACGGCUGCUACUAUUUCUUCCGAGACAUCUGUUAGUGAGUCUGCAUCUACUACUUCUGCUGAAGGUCUUUCAUCUCCAUUGACUCUUGCGAUGCUCCAACAAAUUGUUCAGGCCCUUUCUGCCGCCGGUAUGUCAGGAUCUGUCAACGGGGAAGGUACUUGGGAAGGGUAGGCGGCAUGGUCGUCUGUACGUGCUUGAUUUUGAUCAAUCUGUCACCCCGGCUCGUUGUUUCUUUUCUCCAUCUUCAUCAGAUAUUACUUCAGCAAAUAAAAUGUGGAAACUGUGGCACUUUCGCCUAGGUCAUCCACAUUCGGAUCGGUUACUUCAGUUAAUUUCAUCUGGCAUGUUAGGGAAUAUUUCUCUAAAUAAAAAUGAUUUGGAUUA